GGACAGAUGCCGAGGACAGGCUCCAGACACAGAUACCAUCUCCCUUCCCCGGGCCAGCUGCCCCAAACCCUCCCCCUGCCCGAGAUUAGUCCCCUGGGGAGGUGGGGGACAGAGCGGAGCUCUCUUGGGGGAGGGGAAGCCCGAUCCCCAACCUCCCUUCCUUUGCCCCCCUCCUCCUCGCUGCGUCAAUAUCAAUUUCAGCCAGUGACCUCUCCACCAAUUUCCACAUCCCCACUCUCCCGGUCAGUUUCACCGCCAGACAUCGGUUCCAUUUCGGCCCUCCGUGGUGGCCAUUCCCACUCCCUCUGCCGGUCAAUUUCACCCCUUCUGGCGGUCAAGUCCAGUCCCUCAUUUCCCGGUCAAUUUUCCCCUCCCCUCCCCUCCUUCUCUCCCUCUCUCUCCUCCUUCUCCCCUCCCCAGCUGUGUCCCUCCCAGCCGAUCCCCACCUCCCGCGCUCCGCGCUCGCUGCGGCCAGUCUCGGGCGUCUGGGUCAGUGUCCAGCUGCCGCGGCCUCGGCCCGGGAGACUCUCGCCCCCGGCCCCGCUUCCCUCCGCGGGCAGCGGCUCCCUCCCUCCCCAGAACAGCUGAAGGUCUCUGUCACCUCCGAGGGGAGCGCAGGGGGAGGGGAGGGGCGGGGGACGCGGCCGAGGGGAGGCGGGGGAGCCUUGACGCUGCUGCCCGGGACGCGGCCCGAGGCCGGUGGGAACCGGGGCGUCCUCCCGCGCGCCCCCUCCCCAGCGUCCCACCUUCCGGCCGCGCGCCGGCGGCGGCGGGGAAAGUCUCUCCGAAAGCGUGAAGGGGGAUUGGAGGAGGUUUUUAUUUCCCUUUGUGCGGGUGGCUGGGGCCGGAUCGAGGCGGCCCGGCUGGGGGCCGCGGGAUUGGGGCUCCCCGCUGAGCCCAGAGGAGCGCGACAAAGGAUGCGUCCCGCCGGGGUCACCGUCUCCGCGCCCCAACUUUGCGCGCAGUGCCUGCGCCCCUGGGGAGCCCGCCCGCUGCGCUGAGAGCCCAGGCGUCCGGGCUGGGCGAGGGGCCGGGAUCGUCCGCAGGCGGCGCUGGCCCGGUCUCCAGACCCCAGAAAGGGAUCCUGGAGCUUCCCGGAGGCGGCGAGCGUUCGAUCCGCGCCGUGGAACCGCGCUGCCCGCGAAAACUCCGCGCGUCUCCGCGGAUGCCACUCGCCCUGGCCCCUAGCGCGCGGCGUUCAGGGCCCUGUGGGGCGCCCCCUUCCCCCGCGGUGCUUCCCCAGCCGGGCUAAGGUGGGCUUGUCCUCCUCCCUCCUCUGUCGCCGCGUUUUCCUCCCCCUCCUUCACCUUCUCCUUCCCUCUAUCCAUCCAGAGCCCAGCCAAAGGGCACACCUGACCUUUCUCCUCUUUCCCUGCUCUUCCUCUCCUCCUUCUCCUCCUCCCUGGGGAAAGGGGCCCGGACAAGCGCAUGUGGGGGCCCCUCUGACAGUGGCCGGAUUGGGGGUGGCAGGCGCCCAAAUGGCCAAGUGGCUACGGGACUACCUGAGCUUUGGCGGUCGGAGGCCCCCUCCGCAGCCGCCCACCCCGGACUACACCGAGAGCGACAUCCUGAGGGCCUACCGGGAGCAGAAGAACCUGGACUUCGAGGACCCCUAUGAGGACGCGGAGGGCCGCUUGGAGCCGGACCCAGCGGGCCCCGGGGACUCCAAGAACGCCGGAGAUGCCAAGUAUGGCUCUCCCAAGCACCGGCUCAUCAAGGUGGAGGCUGCGGAUAUGGCCAGAGCCAAGGCCCUUCUGGGCGGCCCCGGGGAGGAGGUGCGUGGCUGGGUGGCCCCGGGAAUCUGGGUGGAGGGGAGGCUCA